UUUAUAUUCCCCUUCCUGAUUGUUCCAAGUUUCAACAAAACACCACCGCCAUUGCCGUACCCACACGGCGCCAAUUUAUUCCGAUUAUAAAUAGCCAACCAGAAGCACCUCCCCUGUUCCUGGACAGGAGACCGCACCCCUAGCGCCGCCGCCGCGCCGCCGCGAACAAUGGCACAGCCACCGCACCCUGUUAUCGACAAUUUCGGGAACUUCUACCAAUCCUGGCUGGCCGGCCAGCAAUCCUUCCUCCAACAGCUCCUCCAAUCGGCCGCACUGCCCGCCAACGACAAGGAAGAGGCUCAAUUGCGAUUAAUCAACCAAAUCCUGGCCCACUACCAGCACUACUACGAGGAGCUCUCCAAGGCUGCCGGAGAAGACGUCUUCCGCGCCUUCUCCGCCCCCUGGCUCACCCCCUUCGAGAGGACGCUGCUCUGGAUCGGCGGCUUCAAGCCCUCCAUCGUGCUCCGGUUGCUGGAUGCCGCGGUCAAGGACUUGGCGCCGCCGCAGAGGGCCCGGCUGGAGGAGGUGAAGGCGGAGGUGCGGCGGAACGAGAGGGAUCUGACGGAGGCGAUGGCGAGCCUGCAGGAGAUGGUGGCGGCGCCGCCGAUCGAGGCGCUGGCGCGGCGGGCGGGGAGGGUGAUGGAUCGGGAGAUUUGCGAAAUGGAGGGCGCGAUUGAGGAGCUGAAGACGGCGAUGGUGAUGGUUUUGAAUAGGGCGGAUGGGGUGCGUGGAUCGGCGGUGAUGAAGGUGAUGGAGCUUCUGGAUCCCGAUCAGAGGGUGAGGCUUCUGGCGGCGGCGGCGGAGUUUCAGCUCAGAAUCAGAAGAUGGGGCGUUCACAGAGAACAACGCCAUAAUCGUGAAUCGUGAUGCCCUUCUAAUUUCACUAUGGUGGGCCCACACAGUAGGCCCACUUCCGAGUUCUUAUAGUGAAACUAAAUUCCAAAAUAAAAAAUAAAAAAGAAAAUAAAAAUUAGGUUGUGUCAGUGUCACUUGUGUUUASAAACACUGUUGUGUUGUCGUCUGAUUUUAGGGAAGAAAAAAAAAAAA